AUGCUGCAUGAAUAAUAUAUUUAUUGUUCAGAUGAAAUAGAUUAGACUGUGCUGUGUGUUCAGAGUGCAAUAGCACAUAGAUAUCUGAGCAUCAUGAGCAUAGUGUAGUGAACACAACAGACUGUGAUCUCUAACAGAACAUUCAUCAUGCUGGUGUCUAGUUUGUCAUUUAGUGUUGUACAGACACACAAAUCUGACCUACACUCUAAAAAAUAAAACGCUGGCUCAACUUAAAAAAAUUAAGGUAACAAUUUGCAUGCAUCUUUUUAAGUAGCUUAAACCCAAUCAUUAUUAAGUAGAUAUCAUGAACCUUUUAUAGUUAGACUAACCCAAUGUGUUUAGUACAACCAACUUGAUUUGACAAGCUCUAAGAGCUUAAUUAAGUUGAAACAAGUUUUGGUGACAUUAAGUGGUCAAAUUACAUAAUUUCAGCUAUUCUAACUUUUUUUUUUAUUCCAUUCUACUUAGAUAUGUCCAUGAAAAUUGUUACCUUAAUUUUUUUUUUAAAGUAACUUAUUUCACUUCAGUCAGGAGAAAUAACACAGCAAUUCCAGUUUUAUGAUGAAACUGGUUCAUUAAAAAACCAAUGUCAACUUAUUUACAAAAAGGUUUUAACAAUGCUUUGACAAAAAGAUAAUUAUUCAGGACUAAAGUAUUUUGCAAGUAAAGUCAAGUAAAGAAUCAAGUAUUUUUCUUAGUAACCUGGUAGGUACAUAUCAGAAAAAAAUUAAUUAAAAUAAUAAUAAUAAAUCACAGGGAACGUGAAAAAUGAAUUACAACAACAGACACAAUUGCUAGAUUAUUGGGUCCACCGAGCUGAAACUAAAAGUUUUCUUCCUUUUUUUAAAUAAUAUUGCAAAGUAUUGAAUUUUACCUUCAUCACAUAAACUACAGCCCCCAUAAAGUCUCAAACAAAUACAACACGGUAACCUUCAUGUAAAAAAUUGUCAAUAUUACAACUGCUGUUCGUGUAUGCACAACAAAACUUUUACAUGAAACAUUUCAGGAAUACAACAGUUUAUUGUUUAAAGACAUUACCUUCGGGCUAUCUUUCAGACCAUCCAGCUCAAGAAUUUUUUUCUGAAACACCUCAGAAGUAUUUUUUAGGUCCUUUGUGUAGCUGAGGUUGAGAGCAUAUAUCAGCCCCAUUAGCAGGGCACAGGCUCUGGAUGCAUUCAGGUCUUGCAGGACUUGCUUUCCCUCAAUAAUAAUACUGGCGUUGGCUGGGUCAAAAUUUGUGGCACCUCAUCAUCCUAAGUAAAUCAAUGUCAGUGUUUUAAGUCAUAUUUAAAAAUGAGUAAUACAAAGUACAAUGUAUUUGAGUGUAAGUGUCUGAUUUACAUACCAAGUGCUCUUUAGAGAGAUCUUCCUCCUUUUCUCCAAGAUAUACUAUUAAGGAAUGUAUAGCAGUCUCUGUCCUCCUUUCCACAGAAGCAUCCUGUAAAGAAACAGGACAUUAAUGGACACAGGGGUUAAAUCUUAGGAGUUCAAAUUUACUACACAUGAAAAAUUGCAAACUUAAGAAAUGUGUCAGCUGCCUAACCAUAUAAUAAACAUAAUGCAGCAGAUUGUAUAUGAAAGAAAAUAAAAACUCAAAUGUUUUAAUGGCAAAUUUACAAAAAGCUCAAGGUUUACAAGGUUACAGAAUGGAUCAACUGCGAAAACGUAAGCGUCAGCAAAGCAGAUAAAAAUGGCGCGCACACACAUUGUCAUGUUAGGUAUUGUGCUUAAAUGAACUUGCUUAUUAUUUAACUAUUUAACUUGUUACAGGUUUAUGUAUGUAUUUAUGUAUUUAUGUAUGUAUUAGGGGUGGCACGGUACAUGAAAAAACACCCGAACUGUUCGGUUCGCUUGUCUCGGUUCGGUUCGUUUGUGCGUCGCACGGUUCGACGCAUGCACAAUGUAGCCCUGUGCUCAGUUUCGCCUCAGACAGUUUCGCGCGAACAUACAUAUAGUGCUGCAGAAAUCGCACGUGGAGGAGAUAAUGAAGGCUGCCCGGAGUUGGCAGAUGCGCCCGCGUCGUUCAAAUCCGGUGUGUGGGAACAUUUUGGAUUUCAUGUUACCUACGAUGACAACGGAAAUAAAACAGUAGAUAGAUGUAUUAGAACUGCGACUGUGUGCAAGCAUUGUGCAAAAUGCAUUCAAUAUGCUAAUGGCAACACUUCUAAUAUGACACUUCUUUUAAGAAGACAUCACGCCAAUGUGUUGAUAAGCACAAACAGGAGAGAGCCGGUUAGGAAACAACCUCUACUGUCCGCAGCAUUUAAGCAACCUCUCAGUGAUAAGUCGGACAGGGCAAUAGAUAUGCAACCGUGCAGUGUGAUUGAGAGUAAAGGAUUUCAUCAGCUGAUGAAUGUACUCGAGCUGCGGUUUAAUAUUCCCUCUCGCCGACACUUCGGCACGACUGAAAGUUUCCUCACGGUGACCGCUCACUAUAUUACUUCGGAGUGGGAAAUGAGAAGCUGUGUUUUGCAAACACACCCCAUUUAUGAAAGUCAUACCAGUGAGCAUCUCUCUGAAAUGCUGACUGACGCGGUGGCAGAAUGGAAAUUGGAGAGGGUAAAUAGCAUAAUUCCUGUUACUACAGAUAAUGCUAAAAAUAUAGUGAAUGCUACCGAUUUAGCAGCGGGACUUGGGCCACAGAUCGGGUGCUUCGCACACACAGUUAACCUUGCAGUCAAGAGUGCAAUCUCACUAAACCAAGUAUCCCGACUCUUGGAGAAGGUUAGGAAGGUGGUUAGCUUCUUUCACCGAAGCACAACAGCUGCCCAUGCCCUGAAAACCAAGCAGGAUAUGCUGGAAUUGCCUGUUCACAAACUAAUUCACGACGUAACAACUCAUUCGAACUCCAGAUACGACAUGUUACAACGUUAUGUGGAGCAACAGGCUGCCAUCUACUCUGCCAUAAUGGACAAGGAUAUGAAGAAGAAAGUCAAUGACAUUGCAUUGUUAACUGAAAGUGAGACAAAACUGGCAGAGGGUCUCAUUAAUAUUCUCAAACCUCUGAAGAAUGUAAUCACCCUCAUGAGCACCAAAACAUCCCCCUCAGUUUCAACGAUUAUCCCACAGCAGAAGAUGAUACAGAAAUCCAUGACAUCAAGUGCAGAGGACAGUACCACCAUCAAAGAAGCUAAGGCAGCCAUCACUAAAGACCUUAAAGGCAGAUUGUCAUGAACACAAAACAGAGCGGACCCAAACGCAGGAUAGCAUAAAUCAAAACAGGGUUUAAUAACUGAAAACAUGAAACAGGACGCAGACUAAGGACAGGACAAACCACAGUAGAUGCCGCGCUGCCCAAAGCAACGCGGCACAGUUAAAUACACAAAACAAUGAGAACAAUAAGGAUCAGGUGUGAUGACAGGGAGGAGCAGACGAAGGCGGUGCAGACACGUGACGAGAAACAUAAACAAGUGCACGUGGCCAGAGUCUGGGCAGAGUCCUUACACAGAUACAAUGACCCUGGUGUUCAGGAUUAUCUGCACAGAGCCACAGCACUUGAUCCAAGAUUCAAGUCCCUGCCUUACCUGGAAGAAGCCUGUGUUCAAUCUACGAUGAUCUAACCACGGACAUUGCGGACAUUGAAAAGCAGGGUCAAAGCAGUGAAGCCCAAGCGGCCAGUUCAUCCUCAGGAGCGGAGCCAGGGCCAUCAGAGACCUCUCCUCCCAAGAAAAAAUCUUCCGUGGCAAUGUUUAACUUUACGGAAGAUGCGCACGGAGGUUGAGGAAGGAGUAAACAGGCGUAGGAGUUAGGAGGAAUUACAGUUUCACUUACGUUCACUUACUCGCACUCUUUAUGCUACUUUACACUUAAAUGGAACUUAACUUCACUAAAAUUAACAAACUUAACUGAAAUUCUCUUAACUUAACUGAACUUAAUUGCUUCAAUUUCUGUUUUCUUUACAUUAAUUUUGCUUAAUUUUCUUCAUCGCUUUUCCCUUCACUUGUUUUUGCUUUUUUUGUCACUCUUUCCUCACUAACAUCUGCCGGUCGUUUUAAUAAAAACCUGUCUGGUCGGCAUAUCAGAUGCGGUGUAGUCGCACAAGUUAAAUUUGUUUAACGGAUCCAACGGUCAAAAUGGAUACGAAAUUAAGGAUCCGCAGAUGGUCGGCACCUCACGCAGCGACUUUGCGACUCUCCAUAGGAAAUGAAUGACUUCCUGUUUAUCGGCCGUCAUUUGUCGUGUGCAGUGGAAAGGCGGCUUUAACCGAGUGAGACGCGGGAAGCUGAGGCGGGGGAAACAGAGCACACGUGGUUGUUGGGGAUCUUUGUUUCGGCGGUGGCGGCUCGGAUGCUCGUAUCUCAAAAAUUUGUUCGUAUUUCACGGCAAAAAUUUGGUCGAAUCACAGCUCGUAUCUCAAAAAAUUUGUAUGUCAAAGCACUCGUUUCUCGAGGCAUCAUUGUACUGCACUUUAAUUUCAAGUGAAAGAAAUGAAUCCUCACUCUCAGGGAAUAGAAGCAUUGUUUAUACUGUUUUUGUGUUAAGGUGGUUAAACUUAUGUUUGACUUUGUGAUUAUGGCCAUUGCUAUUGUUAUAGCCUCAUUAUAUUAUGGUAUUACAUUAUAUUAUAUAUUUAUGUUUAAAAUAUAUUGACUUGUUUAAAAGACAGAGCUUGUAAGAGUUCCUCUCUUUUUUUUUUUUGUAAAAGCUACACUGAAGUUGGCAGUUUGAUAAAUGCAUGUUAAUCUCAGUCUUUGUGUGCUAAAAAUGCACAAGUUCCUAUAGAGAUAACAAUACACAUUCUCCUUUUUUUUCCAAAUAAAGAAAAGCAUGUCAUCAUCAUGUCUUCUCUCUUGCUGUAUCAAAAUCUCACCUAGCUUUUACUCAGAGAUGGUCCCAAUAAUGUGCUUAAAGUCAAGUCAAAUUCAGUUAGUGCAUGAUUACAUUACAAAAAUGUUAAUACUGUAUCCUAAAUUGUGAAUAAUUAAGCUAAUAAGCUAUAUAUCAAAUGCUGAAGGAAAUUUCUGGAGUGUUGAAGAUUAAAAGAAAAAAUAACAACAAGAACCGUACAGAACCGAAAACCGUGACCCUAAAACCGUAAUACGAACCGAACUGUGGGUUUUGUGAACCGUGCCACCCCUAGUAUGUAUGUAUGUAUGUAUGUACGUAUGUGUAUGUAGA